GUUCAAUGGUCGCCACUUCACUCGACUAUAUUCGAUUCUGACUGAAGCAAUCAGCAGUUGAAUCUUGCUUUGCUUUCCGCGUGGAACCGCUCAGUGAGAUGCAGGAUCAUGCACAUGUGCUAAGAAGCUCGCAGUAUACCAGAAUGAUCGAUGAUCAACGGGGUUCUGGUCCAGCGCCACAGCGAGGAUCAGUUAUCGAUGUAAUCAGUCGCAUGGGGCGCCUUGAGGCUACCUCUUAAAAGCUAUCGAACUACGUCCGCGAUCCCUCCAACCCACCCUCUGAUCCCUGCAUACACGAUGCUCAACAAAAUGCCCAUGCCCACCGCUGCAGACAUCACUCGCAUGACCUACGACGGGGCAGAGCAGCUUCGGCGUGAGCAGCGUCCAGGAGGAGACCCUAGUAAAUUGGACUUCGGGACAGUACCGACCUGCUAUAAUUGCGAUAUACCUAUCCUGGGUCGUAAACCUUUGAUCUGCUCGGGUUGUAGAUCCGCUGUAUUCUGCUCAAAGAAUUGCCAUACCGCAAACUGGAAAGCAGGGAGGUCGGGAACCCAAGGUCACAAAUUACUCUGCGCAAAGAAUAAGAUUCAUAUGGAGAAGGUCCCACAAGUGCAAGCCCUUCUGAAGCAAUUUCCUUGGGGCCGCAUCGAGACGGAUGGCACCUUUGCCGAGCCUCUCGUGCGCGCCUAUCACAAUGUCUUGGGUGCUCAGGGCUUCGGCUACUGGUGUACUCCUGGAGGCACCAGCGCGCACCUCCAACAUCCAAGUGGUCCUUCCGGUCCUUCUGGAGGGCUUCGCGUCGACGAUGCAAAGGGAUAUGAACACGGCUACAUGCUGCUGUCAGAUAAACUGUUGACGGAUGAGACCGGCUGGAAGCUGGAGAAGCGUUUAAUCCCCCGAUUGGUGUUUGAGCUUGGCACGGAGCCUGAGCUUGCUUCCAAGACGGAUGUUGUGGACUGGGACUCAUGGUACAGGUGGCGCAAUCUUCCCAAGGAGUCACCAGCCGCCUUGUUGUUGCACUACCCUCUCACUGUAUACCAGCUUUUGGUGAAUGUGCUCCACGUCACAGGGCCAAAGAGAAAUUCCCCGGAGAGUCGUCAGGCGCUUAACGUGCAUUAUAUCGGAGCCGAAGUUGAAUUGAACAUGCUUCCCCUAUUCUCUGAAUUAGCCUUGCUGCUUCCUUACACAGAUAUCAAGAUGAUUUUCUUCGGUGUCGCAGUCCACUCUAUCGUUAAUAAGGCGAAGAAGAAUAGCAUAGUUAUGAAGGCGAAACAGAACGAGCCAGUUUACACGUACACCAGCCCUGCGUCUUGCGGAGCCAGCACCUUGUCUAUUUUUCUUCAUGGAGAUCAUGAAAGUUGGGACCCGCGACUUCCCUUCCUCCUCAACAGCAAACCAGACGCCAUCGUCGGCCCGAAUGCUGGGCUCACCAGCUAUCCAGCGUGGCAGUUCGUCAUCUUGUGUUGUCACUCUGACAAUACACCUUUUGCCGUCACCGAAUACGCAGAACAGUCUGCAGAACUGCAAAGAGAAGCAAUCCCUCAGAUCAUUGCCCAUGCCCUCCCUCGUUUACACUCAGCAGGCAUGAAUGGUUCGGAGCUUCACAAUCUCACGCGGCCCAGAGAAUACCCCAUCGCAUUUAAUCCUUUCCAGCGUCCUGGCCAGAGAAACUUGGGCUCGGUGCGAUUGCCGAACGUGCCGAACGGAUUUACGAUGAGAGUAGUCGGUAACGACCAGCAGGAGAUGGUCCACGCCGUCUCCGCUGGCGUCCCUGCACCGGCUUCGGACUUGAGUGAGCUGCUCCAGAAGUCGGAGCAGUUGUCACUGAACCGUUUGGACUGAGUAUCUUGGUAUUCAUGCAUGUCUCCGUGUUCGAGAUGAGUCCAAGGACGAACAUUACGUUGAGAAGGCGAUACUGGCCAUCAUGCAUCUUUUCCAGAGAAUAUGUAGCGCCUGGUUUAUACGUCCCUGACUACCUGUACGAUAGCUGAUGAGUGCAAUGAUAGGUGUAUCGGGCCACUUUGGCACGCACGCUGAGCUUUUCUAGAGGACGGAAUGCAUAAAAAAAGUCAUGCUGGCAGAGUUUGGAUCAACCUCAGCUUCUACUUACAUAGCAUCAUAUCUACCGUUC